UUUUUUUGGAACUCAGGAAGUGGUUGUAUGUUUUUACGUCAAAGAUGACGACUGCCAGGCCCCUACCUCCACCUCCACCCAUACCUCCACCCUGUAGGAACCAGCCUCCAAAAGUCAGUCCUCCAUGUCCUCAGCAUGCUGCAGUUCCAUUUCAAUUAGGGCAUCCAAUCCAAGAGACAGGUGAUCAAGCAGCCGCUUCACAUCACCUACAACAGGAGCAGAACAUUGCUGUUCCCCUGCAGCCCACUGCAAACAACACCCCUCCCUUUCCACCUCUGCAUGGACAGGAGGACAUAGACUCUGAGGAUGGGAAUAAAGGACACCCAGUGCAGGAAACAGACCCUGCACCAUCCCAGCAGAACCUCCAGCUCUCUGAGACCACCGACCAUGAUGGAGGAAACAUUCAGACGGAAGAAGAGGAUGACAAUCUAUCACCUUGAAGUGCUCUGCUGAAUUAAUCUAUUGUUUUCAGAUUUAAAGUCAUGGUGGCCCAAAGAGGUCAGUAUUAUGGUCCCUAAUCCUAAUGGAGACAGAUUAUAGAGAACAAAUGGCCAGAUUACAUUUCUUGGUGAAAGUCAAACUGUUUUUUACUCCUCUUUUUUGUAGCAGAU